GCGGCGACUGCGGCGGGAGCGGGCGGUCAUCCCGGAAUUCCCAUCGGGAUCGCCCCACCCCCGCUGCCCUUUGGCCACCCGGAACAAUUCCCGAUUUUCCGCCCGCGCCGCUCCCUGCCUCAGGCCAUGGCGGGCGAGGCCGCGGAUCGCGGCGUGCAGAUUCGUUUCAUCGGAGAUUUGGGCGACGCCGGCGGAGCUCGGCGAGCGCCGAGGGCUCGGGGAGGAUCUUACGGGGUGGCCGUGAGGGUCCAGGGCAUCGCCGGGCAACCUUUCGUGGUCCUAAAUAGCGGCCAAGGGGGAGGGGAGAGUUUCGGGGUGCAGAUCAAAUCUGGGAAUCCCGAAACGACCCCGAACGUCGACGCGGGAACGGGGUGCGAUCGUCCCGGAACGGCCUCGAAUUUCGUGGAUGGAACGGUCCCGAAUCGUCCCGGAACAGCCCCGAAUCGUCAUGAAAUGGCCCCGAAUCGUCCCGGAACGGCCCCGAAUCGUCAUGAAACGGCCCCGAAUUUCAUGGAAGAAACGGCCCCAAAUCGUCCCGGAAUGGCCCCGAAUCAUCAUGAAAUGGUCCCGAAUCGUCAUGAAAUGGUCCCGAAUCGUCCCGGAACGGCCCCGAAUCGUCAUGAAAUGGUCCCGAAUUUCAUGGAUGAAAUGGUCCCGAAUCGUCCUGAAAUGGCCCCGAAUCGUCCUGAAACGGCCCCGAAUUUCAUGGAUGAAACGGCCCCGAAUCGUCCCAAAAUGGUCCCGAAUCGUCCCGGAACGGCCCCGAAUCGUCAUGAAAUGGUCCCGAAUUUCAUGGAUGAAAUGGUCCCGAAUCGUCCCGAAAUGGCUCCGAAUCGUCCUGAAACGGCCCCGAAUUUCAUGGAUGAAACGGCCCCAAAUCGUCCCGGAAUGGCCCCGAAUCGUCAUGAAAUGGCCCCGAAUCGUCCCGAAAUGGUCCCGAAUUUCAUGGAUGAAAUGGUCCCGAAUCGUCCCGGAACGGCCCCGAAUCGUCCCAGAACGGCCCCGAAUUGUCCCGGAACGGCCCCGAAUUUCAUGGAUGAAACGGCCCCGAAUCGUCCUGAAAUGGCCCCAAAUCGUCCCGAAAUGGCCCCGAAUCGUCCCAGAACGGCCCCAAAUUUCAGAAUUGGGAAUUCUGAAAUGGCCCCGAAUUUCAUGGAUGGAACGGCCCCGAAUCGUCCCGGAACGACCCCGAAUUUCAGAGUUGGGAAUUCUGAAAUGGCCCCAAAUUUCACGGAUGGAACGACCCCGAAUCUCAGAGCUGGGAAUUCCGAAAUGACCCCAAAUUCCCCCGAAAUGACCCCAAAUAUCCCAGCCCGGAGCCACCAUGGGGGAGAAGAAUUUUGGGAUGAGGAAGAACCAAAAGUCCCCAAAUUUUUAGGUGAGGGAAAAUCGGGAAUAUCCCGGGGGAUGCCAAAAUCUUGGGAUGAGGAAAUUCCGGAGGGAUCUCGGAGGAUCCCAAAAUCUUGGGAUCAAGACCCAAGAAAAUCCCAAAACGUCCCAAAAUCUUGGGAUCAACACCUGGAACACCCCAAAUUUUGGGAUCAAGACCCAAAAAAAUCCCAAAACAUCCCAAAAUCUUGGGAUCAAGACCCAAGAAAAUCCCAAAACGUCCCAAAAUCUUUGGAUCAACACCUGGAACACCCCAAAUUUUGGGAUGAGGACUCAAAAAAUUCCCAAGGGAUCCCAAAAUCUUCGGAUCAACCCCUGGAUCACCCCAAAUUUUGGGAUGAGCUACGAAGAUCCCAAUCCCACGGCGACCUCACGGAGUCGUUUCCCAAAACUGGAAAAAACCGGGAAAAAACCCCGGAUAAAAUUCCCGGAAUUCCGGGGGACGUGGACACGGAACCGUUGGGGUCGGUGGAUUCCUUGAUUUCCAAAUUCGAUUCCGGGAAUUUUGGGAAUUCCGGGAAUUCUCGGGGUCGAACUCCGAGGAGGCUCCGAGGUCCCGCGGAGGCUCCGAGGAAACGUUCGAGGAGUUUGGAUUCCCGGGAAUCCCAAAUUCCCAAAAUUUCUGCCCAAAUUCCCGGCGGUUUUGGGGACGCGGAGGAGAAGAACGUGGAGCUGGAGCUGAAAUCCACCCCGGAUCUGCUGCGGGAUCAGCGGGAAUUGGGGGGAGGCCGAAACCUCGCGGAGCUCGUCUACGGCAUCCUGAGGGAGGGGAGCUCCGAGAGCGACGUUUCCCUGAGGAGGAAAAGCUCGAGGCUGCUGCGGGAAUUCCACGGGAUGAUUUCCGCGGCGGCUCCGGACUCGUCCCGAUCCCAAAUCCUGCGAGGGGCCCUGGACAGGAAAUCCCAGGAGCUGCAGCAGAGCCAGGCCCAGCCGGCCCAGGAGGAGCCGCAGGCGCCGAGCUCGGGGCACGAAGCACAAAGGGACCCCAAAAGUGACCCCGACAUGGGGGAGAUCUGCCAGGAUCUCCGUGCCCAGCUGGACGCGGCGCUGGCGUCGCGGCGCCGCCUGGAGCGGGAGCUGCUGGCCCUGCGGGGGGCGCUGCAGGCCGAGGUUUCGGCUCACGAUUCCCAAAUGGAGCAGAUCCGGAACGAGCUCCAGAGGAACCGGGAGCUGCUCGACGCCAGCACCCAGGUGGGCACGCCCACUCAAGCCACGCCUACUCAGGCCACGCCCACUCAGGCCACGCCUAUAAUGGCGGGGGUGUGGGAGAGGUUCGCGCUGAUUGGCUGCGCCCCCCCUUUAGGCCACGCCCACUAG